AUGGAUAAAAAAGAAUUUACUUUGGUAUUUAAUAAUAUAGUGUUAAAUAAAUUGAUAUUCAAAUAUGUAGUUGAUAUUUCAAGUAUUAAUGGUAGACUUCAUUAUAAAUGGGAUAGAGUAACCAAUCUACCAGAGGUGUUGGCUGCUCACGGAUAUAUCGAUCAAUUGAAAACCUAUUUCAGCGAUAGAACCAAACCUAUCAAUUACAAUAGCUAUCCAGUGUUUACUGGUGCGAUCAGAGCUGAUGAUAUGAAUACAUUCGAGUACCUAUUGGAGCACUUUCAAAUCGAGAGGAGAAACAAAGUAGAGAUCACACUGAACGAAGAUUAUGGUCUUCUCAAUAGCUUGUUAACUUGCUGCUCGAUGUACGGUAGAAUGAAUAUGAUCAACUAUCUUUUCGACCGCUUUCCAACCUACAACUGGAAUUAUAUUAGUGCCUUUACAAUUUCACCGCAUUCCGGUGAUUUGGAGGUGAUAAAGUUGCUUUUAGGCAAAUUGAAAGAGCAUUCUGACCAACCUCGAUCUGAAAUCGAUGGAAAUGUGUUUAAUGAAGCUGCUUACUACGGUGACAUAGGAAUAAUCAAAUGGUUAGCAGAGAAUCGAUCCGAAGAUUUGGCGAGUUCCGAUAUGUUUUAUUCUGGUGUCGCUGCAAAUCAUCAACAUAUCCUAGAUUAUGUGUUGGCUGAACAUAACAAUUUGUUUGACCAAAGUAAACCACAAUACAUAUCUUCAACAAUAAAAUAUCCAAAUAGAUUCACGCUAUUCAAAUUUAUAUAUGGUGUUGGAUGUAUAUGCCCAGAUAAUGUAAUGGAUUUAGCAGCUAUGUCAAGCAAUUUCGAUGCCAUGAAAUGGUUACAUUCCAAUACAACACAUAGAUGUACUUCGAAAUCUCUUAAUUUCGCAGCACAAGCAAAUCGUUUUGAUAUUAUUACAUGGUUGAAAGAGAGUUGUAAUCUAAAUUAUACUGUCGAGAUGAUGGAUACAGCUGUUGGUGCGGGCCAUAUAGAAUUGGUGAAAUGGUUGAAUGUGAAUAGUACAGAAGGAUGUUCAGUAGCAGCAAUGAACAGAGCCGCCAUUAACUCUAACUUGGAAAUGGUUAAUUGGCUGAAAGAGAAUCGUACAGAAGGUCAUUCACACGGACAGAUAUUGGAUGUCGUAGCAUCGGCUGGCGACGUGGCAAUGCUUCAGUGGUUCCAAGAAAACACUGGUGAUCUACCAAGUGAGAAAAUACUGAAAAGAGUUGCUUAUUUCGGAAAUCCUAAAGUAGUAGAGUUCUUCCACCAGAACAACGAUGGAGUAAAAAACAGAUUCGGAUUCAGUGAGCGUACAAUGGAUGAUGCAUCCUUCAACAAAUUGGAGAUUGUCCGGUUUUUACAUGAAAACCGUAGUGAAGGAUGUACAAAACAGGCACUCAUUCAAGCGUUAAACAAUGAAAAAAUAGAUAUUCUUGGAUGGUUGCUAGCGAAUCGUACUGAAUGUACAAUCGAGUCAAUAGAGUUUGAUAUAAUCAAAAAAAUCGAAGCAUUUACACAAUUCAAGUAUCUUUCAUUGGAUUGGAUUCUCAGAAAUAUUUCGAUACCUAUCGAUAAGUUGGUACUCUAUCUUCAGCAAAUGAUAAAAAGAUUACCUUAUUGUUUUGAAUUACAUGACCUUUUGAAUGAAUACAUCGAUUCGAAAAAAUAG